AUUAUUUUUGUUUUAGUAAGUACUACAAUGUAAAACUUUCUUUAAUUAUUAAAAAUAUAUUCCUUUCAUUAUAUUUGCUGUAUUAAUUAAAAAUAUAUUGUCAAACCGAUGUCAUUCACCGCGAUUCUCCUAAGCGUCCGUUGCUACGGGUUACUACGGAAAGAAAUGCCGGACGCCUUGAGUUGUGCGAUUCAACUUGCGGGAUAGAAACGGUAGCUUCCUGUCAAAAUGAUCACCUUUAUCAUCGUCGUCCUACUAUUCUGGACGGCUUUGAACUUCACAGAUUAUGUCUUUAAGUCGUGUAUGCUCUACCCGUACAUCUCUAUGCUGGAGCGCAACGGACUCAGCCUGAGGCUCUUCCGCGUCCAGUUCUACUUCACCCGUUUCAACCGUGUCGUCCACCAGUUGGCCCGCAAAAAGCCCCGCUUCCUGUACUGGUGGUUCACGCUGGGGGCUGUCGUCAGCAUCCUGUCCAUCGCACCAGCCGUCUGGGUCCUGGCCACCAGCGCCAUGAGCAUGUCUCGAAGUGCAGCGACCGGGAAGCCAGAAGUGCAGAUCCUCGAGCCCGCGAUGCCAGGAAUCAACCUUCCCAUCUCUGACAUUUUCUACUACAUUUCGACUCUGGUGGUUUGCAGCAUCUUUCACGAGUUUGGUCAUGCCCUAGCUGCUGUGAGGGAAAACGUGAGGAUCCAGGGUUGUGGCCUCUUUGUGCUCGGCAUCUUCCCCGGGGCGUUCGUGGACCUGCCGAAGGACCAGGUGACAGUGCUGGCUCCCUGGAAGCAGUUGAAAAUCUACUGCGCCGGCAUCUGGCACAAUCUUGUCGCGGUGGCGGUGGCACUGCUGCUCCUGACGGGGAACCGGUUUCUCAUGACGCCAUUCUACAAGGAGCAUGCCGGUGUCACGGUCAUCUCUGUGGCAGAGGAAUCAGGAGCAUAUGGUCCAAAUGGAUUGCUGCCUGGGGACCACAUAAUCGCUGUGGAUGCUUGCGUGGUGAGGGAUCCUGCCACCUGGAAGUCUUGUCUGGUUCAAGCUGUGCUCAUUCCACAACCAGGGUACUGUCAAAGGAAGGUGCUUGUGCAAUCCGAAGGCACUUGGUCCAGCAAUGAGUGCUGCCAUGGCCAGUCUAAUAACAGCCUGUGUUUUAGUUACCUGGACCAUGAUGAAAAGAGGGAGGUCUGUCUGCCGGCAAGACACACGCUUGAAACGUCUCAUGGGUAUUGCAACUCCAGCUGCCAAACAGAUGAUUACUAUUGUCUAAAGCCAGUGCUGGACAACACCACCAAGCUGGUACAAGUAAAGAGGGAGAACUGGCCAGCAAUGCUCUUUUUGGGACCACCGGCAGAGCUCUGGCACACAGUUUCCCUGAUCAAGUGGGUUCCUCGGCAGAAAUAUCUGUCAGUUUUACCAGUCCACGUGUAUGAAGUCUUCCUGCACUAUAUCAUGUCUUUUUCUGGUGCACUUGCUCUACUAAAUGCCAUCCCAUGCAUUGCCCUCGAUGGACAAUGGAUCCUCCAGGGCUUGAUCAAACUUUUGACGCAGGCCUUUCCAUGCCUUCGGCCCUCGAGGAAGUGGUUGUACCUGUUCCUCGUCUUGAGCGGAACUUUUCUCCUUGCUAUCAAUGUCGUACUAGGGUUUUGGAAACUCUUGGGGCGAAGGUAGCAGGCGCAAAGGGAUUCCCUAGGCAACAGGGUUUUUUUGCAGCCAACAUUCACCUGUGUAUAUACAUUCAUGAGUCACGUAGUAAAACUCCUAUGAGCCUGGGUUUCCAUUAAAAGUAGCAUCCUUUCCUGUUGUUCCUAAAGAUUGCUCUUGUUCCAUAUCAUUGUACCUUUGCAUAGGUCAUUACAGAUUGUAAUGAAGGAUAACUGCUUGCUAAGUGUGAAUGGUUGUACACUGAUUAUUUGUUUAUAAUAAAUGUGAGUAAUGAAAUUUC